CAUUUUCCGCUAAGUAGACUGUUAAAUCCCUUUGUCACGCUGGCGAUUUUACACGUGAUUUGUUAUGUUAAGUUUACAUAUGAUAACUAGUUAAAUCAAAUGUUUCAUACUGCGCCCCACUUUUGGUCAGGCGCUCGCGAUCGGUUCCCUGAGGAGUUGGCGCUAGAGUAUAUAGCGCUCACUGCUCACACCCGCUGAGCCCGGCCCACCAGCACACACUUAUGUAACGAAUAUAUCUCAUUCGGUGGUAACUAAUUACACACCGUAGACUUUCCGCAGGUAGAGCUCCCUCACAGCCGCGGGGAGAUCUGAUUUAUUACCUGCCCUUGAUAAGAGUAAGUAGUAUAACCUAGUGGGUCAUGUGACAUACCGUUGUACAAAAAAUAUGCCAGCUGUGAUCUGUUGUAUACAAGUUAAAGCGGAGCAGUCCGAGUGCGAGGCGAUACAGUACGACCAUAUCUAGUGGAGGACCCCGUACUAUACAAGUUGUGUAAGUGAAAGUGUGUACACUCGAUGAAUGAGUUAGUUUUACAUGUCUUCAUUCAGAGAAAAAAAUAGUUUGAUGAAGUUCAAAUGGAUGUUUCCGGUUUAGCAGACGACAGCAACCUGUCGGAUAUAACGCCGGACAUGGACAACAACAAUCUGAAAAUGGGCUCUCUUCAGGACGUGCAGCUCCUUUUAAGGAGCAAGGAUGAGCAAAUUAAAGCUCUCCAAAGGCAAUUGGAACAAAAAGAGGAGAAAAUAUUACAGCUUCGUAGUCAACUGGAUAAAUACCAAUCAGUGUUCCCGACAAUUAAGGCAUCGGUUGGUCCGCGGAAACAGAGAGCCCAGGGAAUCUCGGCCGAGCCUUACUCACUCAAAACAAUACAGGACUUCGUAGGACAAUCGGCAAUCAAACACAACAAGAGUAACAGUACAAGAGACCUCAUCAAACAGGCGAUACUUGAUAACGACUUCAUGAAGAAUCUAGACAUGGGUCAAAUCAGAGAGAUCGUGGAUUGUAUGUAUCCAGUGGAAUAUACACAGGACAGUCUCAUCAUCAACGAGGGCGAGAUUGGGUCUUUAGUGUACGUCAUGGAAGAGGGGAAGGUAGAGGUGACCAAAGACUCAACAAAACUCUGUACAAUGGGACCGGGUAAAGUGUUCGGGGAACUCGCCAUCCUCUACAACUGUACCCGUACAGCCAGCGUCAAAGCAAUCACCGCCUGUAAGUUAUGGGCGAUAGACCGACCAUGUUUCCAGAGCAUCAUGAUGAGAACAGGGCUCAUGAGGCAUACGGAAAACAAGGAAUUCCUCAGAAGCGUCCCAACCUUCAAACAUCUUCCAGAGGAAUCGCUCAGUAAAAUCGCCGAUGUUCUCGAAGAGGCUCACUACAACAAUGGCGAUUACAUUAUACGACAGGGGGCGCGCGGGGACACAUUCUAUAUCAUCGCCAAGGGCAAGGUGAAGGUCACAAAGAAGACAUCGAAAGCCGGAGAUGACCAGGUGAUUCGCUUCCUACAAAGGGGCGAGUUCUUUGGAGAACGAGCUUUACAGGGGGAAGAUGUCCGGACGGCCAGUAUUGUGGCUGCUGACCCCGCCGGAGUCGACUGUCUCGUUAUUGAUAGAGAGUCAUACUCACAGCUAAUCAGUGAUCUAGACGAACUCAAGCGUGUGUAUGAAGAUGAGGAUGAGAAAGCUGUGUUCGAUCCGGAGUUUGUCAAGCUCAAACUCAGCGACAUCAGUAUCAUCGCCACGCUUGGAGUUGGGGGUUUCGGCCGCGUGGAACUGGUACAGGUUAACAACGAUAACACAAAGACAUUUGCCCUGAAGAUUCUCAAGAAACACCACAUCGUAGAAACCAGACAACAAGAACAUAUCAUGAACGAGAAGAAAAUCAUGUCCGAAUCCAGAUCAGACUUCAUUGUGAGAUUAUAUCGCACGUUCAAGGACAGAAAAUACCUGUAUAUGCUACUAGAGGUCUGUCUAGGUGGGGAGCUCUGGACCGUCCUCCGAGACAAGGGUUCGUUUGAUGAUAGUACGACACGGUUCUACACUGGUUGUGUGGUGGAGGCGUUCGCCUACCUACAUAACAAGGGCGUGGUCUACAGGGAUCUCAAACCAGAAAACCUCCUCAUCGACACUCAGGGAUACGUAAAGCUGGUGGACUUUGGGUUCGCCAAAAAGGUCGGACUGGGGAGGAAGACCUGGACAUUCUGUGGCACCCCAGAGUAUGUGGCACCGGAAAUCAUUCUUAACAAAGGUCACGAUAUUUCUGCUGACUACUGGUCUUUGGGAAUACUCAUGUUCGAGUUACUGACAGGAAGUCCUCCCUUCACCGGUCAAGAUCCAAUGAAAACGUACAACAUUAUUUUGAAGGGAAUUGAUGCCAUAGACUUCCCACGCAAGAUCACAAAGAACGCCCAAAAUUUAAUCAAGAAACUAUGCAGGGAGACACCGUCAGAACGUUUAGGAUUUGGACGGGGUGGAGUGCGAGAGAUCCAAAAACACAAAUGGUUCGAAGGUUUCAACUGGGAUGGUCUAAAGAAACGGAGUCACAAACCACCUAUUACUCCAUCGAUAAAAGGCACAACAGAUACCUCAAACUUCGAUGAUUACCCAGAGGAGGAAGAUGAGCCUCCUCCCGACGAUGUCACAGGUUGGGACAAGGAUUUUUGAGGGCAGAUCUGGUGAUAUAUACUGGUGAUAUAUACUGGUUAAAUGUGAUGGCAGCCUUACCUGAUCACAACCGGAAGAGGUUGUGGAAGGAGAGCACAGUAUGGCAAAAACCUUCAUCUAAAGAUGCAUUUUGAGGAGUUUGAACAAUGUAUUGUCAAAUGUAUUCUCCUCGGUGUAGGAAAUGACGUUAUUGGCCUUACCGUCCGUUCUUACUCAAACCAGGGAGGCGUCACGUUAGUGGUAGGAAGAAUGUCGUUACAGACAUAGCGGAACGGCGCCCAUAAUGUAUAACUAUGCAAAACGUGAAGCAACUAGUGCUGUUCCCGUGUCUGACCAAAGUAAGGCGACUGGCUGUGAUAGAGAAGUGCGUGGUAUCCUGAUCUCCGUUAGACAUUUGUCUUUAUACUUUCCAGUGUCCAAUGUGUGCCUUGCACCAAUGGCUGACAGUCCACAUGGCUAUCCUCGCACGGUUUUCAUCGAUCUGAAGAACCACGUACUGCAACUUUGGUUAGAACUUUGUAUGCAAUGUCAACAGUGAUCCGAGUUGAUUUAAUUCGGUAAUUUGCAGAUCCAAUCUGUUUGCCCCAGUUCUAUCCGAAAGCCGUGCGCCUGUGAAAUGAUUUUUCCAACACCGUCCAAAUAUUCUCGGAACUAACAAUAUAAUUGCGAAUGUUUUAAGUGCUUGAGCGAGUCAUCAGAUUGUGAACACUUCUCGUAUUAAGUAUAUGGGUCCGGGAAUACAUGUAAAUAUGUUAUUGGAUAGCUUUGUAUGGCAAUGGUAGGUUUCAUUGUUAAAUGCAGCUAAUUUGUUAGUCCCAGUUAUAAUGAUUCGUGUUUUUGUACUAGGGAGAGGAUUCCUGUACGGUUACUGUAAAUCUGGUAUAAUUCACAAGGAAAUAUUCAUUCUUAUCCAAACUAAAUGUUUACUUAAUUCGCAUUCCGGCAAUUUAAAGGUUUCGACACAUUUCUGAAAAUAAAACACUCGUGAAAAGUAUUGACUAAUAUAGUAUCCCCAGUCUUUGGUGAAACAGGAGAACUGAUCACAUACUUCAACAUAUAGCUGAUAUUUAUCUCGGCAAUUUAACAUGAAAUCAUUUGUCAGUUAUUUCUUCACGAAUUAAACAAAGCUCACUAAUGGUUGGAUGGAGAAGUGGAACUCCUGAUUAUUAUUCGAUAUACAGUAAUAAGACGUACGGAGGAAUUUGUAAUGGUUUAUAUGUUAUGUCAUAAUAGAUAAUAAUGUAACGGCUGAUGCCAGUGUAUAUUUAGACAUUUUGUAAAGAUAUAAACCGGAGUUUUUCAACAUGAAACGCAUACAGAAAACCAGUCGUGUGCCGGCCGAUGGCUGUCAGUUUUAUCAAUGGCGUUGCCUAAUCGUUCGGUGGAGAUGUAUGACAAUAAUUUAAUUUUGUCAUAGAGGGUAAUAAUGUUUACUAUUUGGAGUUGAUUUUAAUUAAAAAUACAUGUGUCAUUAAUUAAGGGGGCUUAUUAUUCAGAGGGAAAUACUGAUAUAAAAUGGGGUUAGCUGGCUAGCAUUACGUAUAUAUACUGUGUGCGAGUGUUAAAUAGUGAGUGUAGUAUGUGAGGACAGAUGAUUCUCGUGUACAUUCUCGUGUACCUACGUUAGGACGUGAGGAUAGAUAUAAUUCUCGUGUACCUACGUUAGGACAUGAGGAUAGAUAUUAUUCUCGUGUACCUACGUUAGGCCGUGAGCAUAGAUGCUUCUCGUGUACCUACAUUAGGACGUGAUGACAGAUGCUUCUCGUGUACAUACGUUAGGACGUGAGGACAGAUGGUUCUCGUGUACCUACGUAAGGACGUGAGGAUUGAUAUGAUUCUCGUGUACUUACGUGAGGACGUGAGGUUGAUAUAAUUCUCGUGUCGUACGUUAGGACGUGAGGUUGAUAUAAUUCUCGUGUCGUACGUUAGGACGUGAGGAUUGAUAUGAUUCUCGUGUACUUACGUGAGGAUUGAUAUGAUUCUCGUGUACAUACGUUAGGACGUGAGGUUGAUAUAAUGCUCGCGUCGUACGUUAGGACGUGAGGUUGAUAUAAUUCUCGUGUCGUACGUUAGGACGUGAGGAUUGAUAUGAUUCUCGUGUACACACGUUAGGACGUGAGGUUGAUAUGAUUCUCGUGUACAUACGUUAGGACGCGAGGAUAGAUAUGAUUCUCGUGUACAUACGUUAGGACGUGAGGUUGAUAUAAUUCUCGUGUCGUACGUUAGGACGUGAGGAUUGAUAUGAUUCUCGUGUACAUACGUUAGGACGUGAGGGUUGAUAUGAUUCUCGUGUCGUACGUUAGGACGUGAGGAUUGAUAUGAUUCUCGUGUACUUACGUGAGGAUUGAUAUGAUUCUCGUGUACAUACGUUAGGACGUGAGGUUGAUAUAAUUCUCGUGUCGUACGUUAGGACGUGAGGUUGAUAUAAUUCUCGUGUCGUACGUUAGGACGUGAGGAUUGAUAUGAUUCUCGUGUACAUACGUUAGGACGUGAGGAUUGAUAUGAUUCUCAUGUACAUACGUUAGGACGUGAGGUUGAUAUGAUUCUCGUGUCGUACGUUAGGACGUGAGGAUUGAUAUGAUUCUCGUGUACAUACGUCAGAACGUGAGAAUUGAUAUAAUUCUCGUGUCGUACGUUAGGACGUGAGGAUUGAUAUGAUUCUCGUGUACAUACGUUGGGACGUGAGGUUGAUAUGAUUCUCGUGUACAUACGUCAGAACGUGAGAAUUGAUAUAAUUCUCGUGUCGUACGUUAGGACGUAAGGAUUGAUAUGAUUCUCGUGUACAUACGUUAGGACGUGAGGAUAGAUAUGAUUCUCGUGUACAUACGUUAGGACGCGUGGAUAGAUAUGAUUCUCGUGUACAUACGUUAGGACGUGAGGACAUAUGGUCCUCGUGUACAUACGUUAGGACGUGAGGAUUGAUAUACUUCUCGUGUACCUACGUUAGGACGUGAGGAUAGAUAUGAUUCUCGUGUACCUACGUUAAGACGCGAGGAUAGAUAUGAUUAUGUGUACCUACGUUAGGACGUGAGGAUUAUUAUGAUUAUCGUGUACCUACGUUAGGACGUGAGGAUAGAUAUGAUUAUCGUGUACCUACGUUAGGACGUGAGGAUAGAUAUGAUUCUCGUGUACCUACGUUAGGACGUAAGGAUAGAUAUAAUUCUCGUGUACAUACGUUAGGACGUGAGAAUAGAUGACUUGUGCACAUACGUCAUGACGUGAGGAUAGAUAUGUGUACAUACGUUUCGUGAUUUUAGUGUCACAGUUGGGCUAUAUAGUUGUUGGACUGUAUUUAUUGUUAGGUUUUAUUAUUAUACUGAUCGGUGGGAUGUUUUCUGAUGGCCAGUUCUACAGCACCACGGCCCGCUGUAAGGGGGCGAUUACCCUGUCUCCAACAACACAAACUCUGGUUCAUGAUAUUUCAGUCGCUACUGACAUGGUAGUUUUAACACUUAGUUUUAAACGUUUAAAUGAAAUCUGAUAAAGACAUGACUAUAUUUAUACGGAUUACUGUUCACUUACUUUCCUUAUUGGGAUUUCGUUUGUGAUAUUUUAAAUCUGAUUUUAUCACACGUAUAUUAUAUUAAGAUUGUGUUUAUACUGGUGCUGCAGUUUUAUAUGUCCGUCUGACUGUCGAUACCGGACGUACAGACGGACGAUACCUGUGUACUACUUGCCGUUGUUGGGUGUUCCACUGAGGGGUAACGUGCCUUAAAUAGUGGCUGUGUGUACUCGUGACUAUUUUGAUAGAAAAUAAAGAAAUCUGAAAUACUCAUA